CUUACAGAAACUGUUUCAAUGAAACACCAGGCAUUUGAGUAAUCUAAAUGGAUCUGAUGAAGCCUAGUGGCCUAUAGUUAGCCAACUCUUGUCGCGAAUAGAGUUCCUAGGUUUUAAUUACAAGAUGCACUGCCGUCACGUUUUCCUGAAUGUCACUGCUUUUAUGUUAACUACGUCAAAGCGUUCGUUCUCUCUGUACCUUUUAACAGUUUCUGCAGUGACAAAGCGACUAGCUAACCAAGUUUAAAAGUUAUUGCUAGCUAGCUAACUAGAAAUGUAGAUGCAGUCUAGGAUCCCAUACAUUAGCGCCAGUGUUAGAACACUGCUGUCUAAAUUGUGGCGAAUGCAUUAUUUAUGCUCCGCGAAUAAUUUAUACUGUUUGUUUGAACACCGGGUUGGCAUACCUGCAGCCUAGUAUGAAUGACACAGUGACCGUGAGGACCCGAAAGUUCAUGACAAACCGCCUGCUUCAGAGGAAGCAAAUGGUUGUUGAUGUCCUACACCCUGGCAAGGCAACGGUUCCCAAGACUGAGAUCCGGGAAAAGCUCGCCAAAAUGUACAAAACCACGCCCGACGUAGUGUUCGUCUUCGGCUUCAGGACGCAGUUUGGUGGCGGUAAAACGACGGGCUUCGCGAUGGUGUAUGACUCUUUAGAUUAUGCUAAGAAGAACGAGCCCAAACACAGACUGGCCAGGCACGGUCUGUAUGAGAAGAAAAAGUCUUCCCGGAAACAGCGCAAAGAACGUAAGAACAGAAUGAAGAAAGUCAGAGGAGUUGCCAAAGCCAAUGUUGGAGCAGCUGGCAAGAAGAAAUGAAGUUUGUCACAGUGAGACUGGACAUUCAGGGAAUGGCAUCCUGCUCAAGAUGUUGUAUAUUGUCAUCAAAUAAAUUGUAAAGAAAAACA